GUUAUCCAAAGUGGGAUGGAUUGAAAACAAAGAAGACGCAGGAGCAGCGAUAUCAGAAGAAGCAGUUAUAGUCACUGUCUCUGAAAAAUCCAACCAUGGCUGCGGCUACGUUGUACUUAACAAAACCUUCUUGUACUCCGAAAAUCCCCUUUCCGUGCAAUUCAAGAGUAAGCGACGUUGGAAGUGGAACUGUAAAGGUUAAAUCGCAAGCUCAAACCAAAGCGAAAACGGGUAUACUAGGAGUGGGUGUGUUCCACUUCCUCAGCUUGGUAGAACCAGCUUCAUCUCUUCCACUGCAACUGCAACUCCACGAACCCCCCAAUGCACUCUCUUUGCCCACGUGGGCCGUCCACGUCUCCAGUGUCGUUGAAUGGAUUAUAGCCAUGGCUUUGGUGUGGCAAUACGCUGAGAAAUCUGGAUAUCAAGCUUGGAAGGGUCUUUCUUGGGGUAUGGUACCUCUACUUGGUGGAGCACUUUGCGCAUGCACAUGGCAUUUCUUUUAUAACUCUGAGUCCUUGGAGGUAUUGGUGGCUCUUCAAGCGGGACUAACUGUCAUAGGUAAUGCCACAAUGUGCAUAGCUGCGUACCGGAUAUACAAAGCAUCCCGUGAAAGCUCCUAGAACUUUUGAGUUGAAUGAAUGUGGGUAUCUGAAAGCAGUAUAUAGGCCUGAAUGAAAUUCAGUCUUCUUCUGAUUGAUAAAUUAUACUUCAUGUGCUGGAUGAAUGUGAGGAGGGUCUGCUGACAUAACAACGUCCAUAUUGACUAAGGGUCUGUUUGUUUUACAUGUAGAAUCAAUAUUGUGCACAUGUUCCAAUGUAAAAUUGUGACCCAGAUUAAUUUGGGGCACAUGUUUUAAUUAUGCUUAAUAAUUUAAAAUCAAUUUUAUUAAUUAUAUUCAAUUUUAA